CUUAUUUUGUUAGCCUUGUUCGCGUGCAAUGCACCAUAAAGUUGUAAAAUAAAAAUAAAACAAACAUCGACGCACAUAGAAAUCUGAGUCAGAUUGAUAAAGAAAUUAUUUUUCUUUCUAAAAAAAGUUAAUUUUUGUAUCGGAAGGCAGACUAAAAAACGUAAUCCACUUCUGAAUUCUAAUUUGUGUGUUGUGUCAGUGACAGAAAACGUAACGAAAAAUUCUGCGUAAUAAUUAAAAUAAAAUUAAAUAUUAAAAACUAUUGUCACAAAAGUUCCAAAGAUCCAAAGCUUCAAUAUUUGAAUAAAGAAUUAAGUAAACCAAAUCCAAAAGCAAAAACGAAUCAGUUCUCUGAAAUCUUUUGUGAACCUUACAAAAUCCUGGAUUCAGAAGCAAAUCAUUGGCUCGCAAACAAUUCCCAGCCCAGGCAAAGGCAUCGAGCACCAAGCCACAGCAGUUGUGAAGAAGAAAUGGAAAUAGAUUCCACCCCAGUGCCACCGCCACAAGAGUAUUCCGAUAGUCCAUCAUUCCAACAGCAACAUUCUGAGUCGUCAAUGAACUUCGACUAUUUGUCUAGUUUGCACUCUGCCACUAGUGGAGGAUAUAGCUCUGGCGGCGGCGGCGGCAUGGACACCACAGCCCCAGGAUAUUCUUCAUCGUACAGGAAACCAACAGACAGUCUAGCUUAUGUGGAUGACCGAGCUGCGGAAAGACCUUUUAAUUUAAACGAGAGAUUUGUUGGGGUCUUGGAUCAGCUAGAUGCGAGGGUGGAGAAAUUUCGGAAGGAUGCCAUGGGCCUGCAGGAGAAGAGAGACUUUCUGUUGAUGUCAAUUGAUUUGAUUAAAACUAAUGAUCUGUUACAAGGAAUGAAUGAAGCCGAACGAGAAGAAAUCACAUGCUACAUUCAGCGCGUCAAUUCGAGGCUAUCCACAGUGGAACUCAAUGUUCGCACAGUGCGUGACACAUCACAAGAGGAUUCUCUUAGCCAAAUUAAUAUGCUCAUCGAUAUGAUGAUAACCCUGGGUGAUCCAGUUCUCUCGCGGCAACGAUGUCAGCAAUACCUGAACGCAUGUGGUUCAUUCGACGGCAGCAUCAAUAUGGGAUCCUUCGCGGAGCACGGCAGCGGCCAAGAUGUUAUAGUUGACAAAAAAUUCGAAUGUGCAUUACUCGGUUGCACACUCGAUGACCAAAAGAACGUCAAAAAGAGACUGCUAGCUCUAAUGGGUUACCUCAAUAAGCAAACAAUUCGCGAUUGAAACACUUUUCUCUCCUCAAUUAAUUCAUUGCCUAAAACAUAAAUUUAAACAAAACAACAUUUUUUUUAAAAUUAUUAUAUUAAAAAGAAAACACUAAAUUAAUAUUGUUACUAUUGAACAAAAUUCAUACUGCAUCACACAGAGCAAAUAAUUUGCGGUAAAAAUACUCGCAAGGGACACUUUGUCUACAUAAACAAAAAAAAAAGAUGAGAUUUUUGUUUUUCGAAAACGCUCAAAGUAAAAUUUACUAACACUUCGAAAAUAUAAUCAAAUUUAACACAUUUUCAACAAAAAGAA